AUGAAGAUCUUCUGCCGCACUGAUCAGAAGUCCAUCUGUCAUCUCUGCUGUUUGGACCAACACAAAGGUCACGACACAGUCUCAGCUGCAGCAGAAAGGACUGAGAGGCAGAAAGAUCUGGAGGAGAGUCGAGAAAACAUCCAGCAGAGAAUCCAGGACAGAGAAGAAGAUGUGAAGCUGCUCCAACAGGAGGUGGAGGCUAUCAACGGCUCUGCUGAUAAAGCUGUGGACCACAGCCAGGAGAUCUUCAGCCAGCUGAUCCGUCUGAUGGAGAAACGCCGCUCUGAGGUGGAGCAGCAGGUCAGAUCCCAGCAGGAACGUGAAGUGAGUCGAGUCAAAGACCUUAAGGAGAAACUGGAGCAGGAGAUCACUGAGCUGAAGAGGAAAGACGCUGAUCUGCAGAAGCUCUCACUCACAGAGGACCACAACCAGUUUCUGCACAGCUACCCCUCACUGUCAGAACCGGGUCAACCUGCAGACUCAUCCAGAAUCAACAUCCGUCCUCUGAGAUACUUUGAGGAGGUGACAGCAGCUGUGUCAGAGGUCAGAGAGAAACUCCAGGAUCUUCUGACAGAGACGUGGACAAACGUCUCACAGGCAGUGACUGAAGUGGAUGUUUUACUGUUAGAACCAGAACCAGAACCCAAGACCAGAGCUGGUUUCUUAAGAUAUUCACAAAGAAUCACACUGGAUCCAAACACAGUAAACAGACAUCUGUUAUUAUCUGAUGGAAACAGAAGAGCAACAUUGACAAAACAACGACAGUCUUAUCCUGAACAUCCAGACAGAUUCACUGUUUGGAAUCAGGUCCUGAGUAGAGAGAGUCUGACUGGACGUUGUUACUGGGAGGUGGAGCGGAGAGGGUACUGGGUUGGUGUAGCAGUCGCAUACAAGACUAUCAGGAGAGACGGGGGCUCAGAGGAUUGUAGAUUUGGAUUCAAUGACAAAUCUUGGAUGUUAGAAUGUUAUAAAGACAGGUAUAAAUUUGGUCACAACAAAGUCGGCACUGAUGUCCCAGGUCCUCAGUCCUCCAGAGUAGGAGUGUACCUGGACCACAGAGCAGGUAUUCUGUCCUUCUACAGCGUCUCUGAAACCAUGACUCUCCUCCACAGAGUCCAGACCACAUUCACUGAACCUCUACAUGCUGGACUGAGGUUAGGCUGUUAUGGAGACUCUGCUGAGUUUAUAGAAGUGAAGUAA